AUGACCAAAAAAGAGCUUGCUGUGAUUUGCCAACGUGAACUCAAAUCUAAUCUAAAGAAGAAGUUUCAAUGUGUAUUUGAGGGGAUCGCUAAACAAGGAAACCCAACACUUCUCAAUAAGAUCUACACAGAGCUCUACAUCACAGAGGGUGGAACAGGAGAGGUCAAUAAUGAACAUGAGCUGAGACAGAUUGAGACAACAACCAGGAAACAAGCAAGACCAGAGAGAGGAAUCAAAUGUAACGACAUCUUCAAACCCUUAACUGGACAAGACAAACUUAUCAGAACUGUGCUGACAAAGGGAGUCGCUGGCAUUGGAAAAACAGUCUCUGUGCAGAAGUUCAUUCUGGACUGGGCUGAAGGAAAAGCAAAUCAGGAUGUCCAAUUUGUAUUUUCAUUCCCUUUUCGGGAGCUGAAUUUGAUGAAAGGGGAGAAACACACUUUGAUUGAACUUCUCAAUCACUUCUCAAUGGAAACCAAAGAAUCAAGAAUCUCCAACUAUGACAAGUACAACGUUCUGUUCAUCUUUGAUGGUCUGGAUGAGUGCCGACUGCCCCUAGACUUCCAGAAGAACAAGAUCUGUUGUGACGUCACAAAGUCAUCCUCUGUGGAUGUUCUGCUGACAAAUCUCAUCAAGGGAAAUCUGCUUCCCUCUGCUCUCCUCUGGAUAACUACCCGACCUGCAGCAGCCAAUAAGAUCCCUUCAGGGUGUGUUGACCAGGUGACAGAGGUACGAGGGUUCAAUGACCCACAGAAGGAGGAGUACUUUAGGAAGAGAUUCAGUGAUGAGGACUUGGCCAGCAGAAUCAUCUCACACAUAAAGACAUCAAGGAGCCUCCACAUCAUGUGCCACAUUCCAGUCUUCUGUUGGAUUUCUGCAAUAGUCCUUGAACACAUGCUGAAACAUAAGAGAGAAGAGAUGCCCAAGACUCUGACUGAGAUGUACACACACCUUGUGGUGUUUCAUACCAAAUGGAAGAAUGAGAAGUAUCAUGGGAAAGAAGAGACAGGCCCACACUGGAAUAAAGAGAGCAUUUUGUCACUGGGAAAACUGGCUUUUCAACAGCUUGUGAAAGGCAAUAUGAUUUUCUAUGAAGAAGACCUGAAAGAGGCUGGCAUUGAUGUCAAUGAAGCAUCAGUGUACUCAGGAUUUUGCACCCAGCUCUUUAAAGAGGAAUGUGGGCUGUACCAGGACAAGGUGUACUGCUUCGUGCAUCUGAGCAUUCAGGAGUUUCUGGCUGCUCUAUAUGUGCUCCUCUCAUUCAUCAACAACAAUGAGAAUCUAAUGGCCGAAUCGCAAUCAAAGUACAGGAACUUUACUGCGCUGUUCAGAGACAAGCCUGAAGUUACUUUCUACAAGAGUGCUGUGGAUAAAGCCUUACAAAGUGAGACGGGAAACCUGGACCUUUUCCUCCGCUUCCUUCUGGGCCUCUCACUGGAGUCCAAUCAGAAGCACUUACGAGGUCUUCUGACAAAGACAAGAAGCAACUCACAGAGCCAUGAAGAAACGGUCAAGUCCAUCAAGAAUAAGAUCAGGGAGAACCCCUCUCCAGAAAAGUGCAUCAAUCUGUUCCACUGUCUGAAUGAAUUGAAUGACCAUUCUCUAGUGGAGGAGAUUCAAAGCUACCUGAGCUCAGGAAAUGUCUCCAGUGAAGAACUCUCACCUACACAGUGGUCAGCUCUGGUCUUUGUGUUGCUGACUUCAGAAAAGGAGCUAGAUGUGUUUGACCAGAAUAAAUAUUCCAGAUCAGAGGAUGGUCUUCUGAGGCUGCUGCCAGUGAUCAAAGCCUCCAGAGCUGCUCUGUGA